AUGAACCAGGUGGAGCCCCCACCCGUUCAAGCACCACCAGUUCAAGCACUGCCAGCUCAGGCAUCGCCAGCAGAAGGAUGUGGCAUAUGUGGCGAUUUUAGCCACGGAACCAACGAGUGCCACCGAAUGGGGGAGUUCACGCCUGAAGGGGAGGCAGAGGUCUAUGCUGCUCAGGGAUACCCAGGGAGGCCUCAAUUUGAACAGAGGCCCAUGUAUAACCAAGGGCAACAAAAUUCCAACUCGGGUUGGGGAACCCAGCAGAACUCUGGAUGGAGGAAUCAGGCCCCAGGCCAAGGAUCAGGACCUAACCAAGGCAAUCAGUUCCGCCGACCUCCACAGCAGUUCGGGUAUCAGAACCAGCAGCCUAUUUACCCUCCUCAACAGCAGUUCCCCUUUCCUCAGCAGCAGAGCUACCCUCCAGGCAUGGAGUCGCAGUCGGCCACAAUUAAGCGUCUUGAGACAACAGUGGGGCAGCUCUCUGGAACAUUGAACCAGAUGCAACAGCAGCAACAACCGGGGAAGUUACAUGGUCAAGGAUUGCAGCCUCACCAAGCUCAAGCAGUGACUGUUUUACGCAGUGGGAAGGUGGUGAACAACAAAGUGGAAGCCCCCGUGGAAGAACCACCCAAGGAAGCCCGCAUGGAAGAGCAAGUUAAGGAGCCGCUGCAGCCAAGAGAGGAGGAAAAGGAGAAAGAGGAGGAGCCCGAAGUGAAGCUCCACAAGGCUGCUAAGCCAUAUAAGCCACCAGUCCCCUACCCAAGCCGGUUGAAGAAUGAAAAGCUGGACCAACAGUUCACCGAUUUCUACAACAUGUUGGCAAAGGUGAACGUGAACUUGCCGUUGUUAGACGUGAUCCGGAAUGUCCCAGCUUACUUGAAGUUCUUUAAAGAGUUGGCCUCCAAAAAGAGGAGGUUCGAGGACAACGAGAAGAUUUUGGUGUCCGAGGUUGCAAACUCCAUAAUGCAACAGCCCUUACCGACCAAGCAACGAGACCCAGGUAGCUUUGUCAUUAAUAUUGCUUUGGGAAACGGUAAGGAAGCAUCAGGGAUGUUAGAUUCGGGGGCUGGAAUAAAUUUAAUGCCUUACUCUAUUUUCAAGCAAUUAGAGUUAGGAAAUUUGAAACCCACUCGUAUGUGCUUGCAAUUAGCCGAUAGGUCGGUGAGGUAUCCUCAUGGGGUAGUUGAGGAUAUCCUUGUUAGAGUGGGUGGGUUGAUUGUACCUGUUGAUUUUGUUGUCUUGGAGAUAGGAUGA